AUGGACGGCAAGCCCAUGAUAGACUGGAAGCUUCCUAUUCAACCAAAUUCUCUGAUAGCGGUUUUCUCUACCAUUGCCAAAUCGGCAUUGCCAGUCCCUCUUGCCGAGUGCAUUGGACAGCUGAAAUGGAUUUACUUCCACACACCCCAAUCGAAGCCUGUUAACCGCCUCUAUGACUUCGACGUGGCUACCCGUGGACCUUGUGGAGCUUUUACCUUUCGUUACAAGCUGCGAUUGAGGAAAUCCGCUGCACUUGCGUCUUUCGGAGCAGUAUUGACAAUUCUUUCGCUUGGCUUUGAGCCUUUCACACAGCAGGUCCUGAGAGUCUACUCCGAACCCGCGCUGCUAGCCAAUACUACCGGGACUGUAAGCUCAAGCAACUCGUUCUCAGACGUGUCGAGUAUAGAGAAUGCUGGUCUUAUUGGCAUAGAGCAUCCUCUGACCGUCGGGUUCACGGAUCACGUCGCUUUGCAAGACAUCAACUUGCUAAACAACGUAUACUGUCCGACAACAGAAUGCGAACUUGAUGAGUUUACCUCUCUGGGUUUUUGCGAAUCCUGCAACUCAGAAGACGUUACUUUCGAUGGCGAUUUCUGGAAUGGCGGUAACUUCGCAGAUGAAGACUUUCAGGGUUGCGGCAAGUCCGUGGAAUCUAGCUACAAUGCCUCCAGUCAACACUUCUACUUCAACUAUACCGCGAUGACAGAUUACGUUACAGACACGCAGCCUUAUUCGUGGGAGAGAAUGUGGACUAUAAAGAAGCCAGGGUAUCCAGAGUUGGUGCUCUGGAUUACCGCGAGCCGCUACCUGAACGAGACCUAUCCCAGUAUUGGCGUUGUUGACCCGGACCUUGCUGCAUUUGGCGGCUACCAAUUCGGUAUCAUCCGCUUAGAACGCAGCAAGAUCGAUGGGACAUAUAGCCUCUUCUCUGCAAUGAGAGACUUUGAAGGUUACCAGGACGUAAUAACUGAACUUUUCAAGCUACCACUGCAGACUAUCUCCGCAUUCACUUGUUUCAAGUCGACAUCUAAUCUCACUCGUGUAGGCGAAAUCGACCGGCUCGGGUUGGUAAACGAAACGGUAUCUCACUGCCAACUAAACUAUUGUGCGAAGCGCUAUCACAAUAUCACAGUACGAAACACUGUCGUAAGCUACGAUUCGGCGGAGGAAUGGCCACUGCUUCCACCUGGUGACGACUCUUACAAGGUGACAAGUGGAUAUGAUGAAGCAUUCCAUGCAGAGGGUUUGAACGAGACUUUCUACCUCGGCAACUACUCACGCCUCUGGCUCGCUGCUUCCACGUCGCGCAUCCUCAAAUCCACGACGCUGAGCAUAUACCUCUUGGAGUACUUCCUCGAUCACACUUGGUCCUACUUCUUUCGCGGCUUCGCAGAAGUAGGAAGUAAAGUCAUACAAGGGCCUGGCAACUACGCAGCUAUCUACAACACUAGUGCAGCCUACGGCCCAGACACCUUUGUUGAUAUCUUAGCUGUGCUCGUUCACGGGCUGCAGGGCUGGGCUGCGGCCGAUUAUCCUGAGCUGCUAACGGUAGCGAAUGAGUUGAAUAGUGACCUGAAACGAGCUAUGGGUCCGGCAAAGGCGUCUCUCGGAGAGAACGACGAUGGUUUGCUCAAGCUUAAGCGUGACUAA